GCUGGUGGCAGGAGGCUGCGAGGAGCCGGCGCGGUCGCAGUCUCCACGGCGCAGGCCCACGGUAGCGCAGCCGCUCUGAGAUCUUCAUGGAGGAGCACGGAGUGACCCAAACCGAACACAUGGCUACCAUAGAAGCCCAUGCGGUCGCCCAGCAGGUACAGCAGGUCCAUGUGGCCACCUACACUGAGCACAGUAUGCUGAGUGCUGAUGAAGACUCACCUUCUUCUCCUGAGGACACCUCUUACGAUGAUUCAGACAUACUCAACUCCACAGCGGCUGAUGAGGUAACAGCCCAUCUAGCUGCUGCAGGUCCUGUGGGAAUGGCUGCUGCCGCUGCUGUGGCGACAGGAAAGAAACGGAAACGGCCUCAUGUGUUUGAGUCUAAUCCGUCUAUCCGGAAGAGACAGCAAACACGCCUGCUUCGGAAACUUCGAGCCACAUUAGAUGAAUAUACUACUCGAGUGGGACAGCAAGCUAUUGUCCUCUGUAUCUCCCCCUCUAAACCCAACCCUGUCUUUAAAGUGUUCGGUGCAGCACCUUUGGAGAAUGUGGUGCGGAAGUACAAGAGCAUGAUCCUGGAAGACCUGGAGUCCGCCCUGGCAGAACACGCCCCCGCGCCACAGGAGGUUAACUCCGAGCUGCCACCUCUCACCAUCGAUGGAAUUCCGGUCUCUGUGGACAAAAUGACCCAGGCCCAGUUGCGGGCAUUUAUUCCAGAGAUGCUCAAGUACUCCACGGGUCGGGGAAAACCAGGCUGGGGCAAAGAAAGCUGCAAGCCCAUCUGGUGGCCUGAAGAUAUCCCAUGGGCGAAUGUCCGGAGCGACGUCCGCACAGAAGAGCAAAAGCAGAGGGUUUCAUGGACCCAGGCACUACGGACCAUAGUUAAAAACUGUUACAAACAGCAUGGGCGGGAGGACCUUUUGUAUGCUUUUGAAGAUCAGCAAACACAAACACAGGCCACAACUACACACAGUAUAGCCCAUCUUGUACCAUCACAGACCGUAGUCCAGACCUUUAGUAACCCUGAUGGCACUGUCUCACUUAUCCAGGUUGGUACAGGGGCAACAGUAGCCACAUUGGCUGAUGCUUCCGAAUUGCCAACCACAGUCACUGUUGCCCAAGUGAAUUAUUCUGCAGUGGCUGAUGGAGAGGGCUUGGGGCCCUUUCUCUGGGACAUGGUGACAUCCGGCAUAGAUAACCACACAGUGGCUCCCAACAGAUGGAAAGGGAGAGCAACAAGAGCUCAAGCAAAUACAACUAAAGCACUGAGACUGAAGAAUAGGAAAUUCCAAAGAAAUGUUAACACCCAAGUGGAACAAAAUUGGGCCACGUUACAGGGAGGUGAGAUGACCAUCCAGACAACGCAAGCAUCAGAGGCCACCCAGGCGGUGGCAUCAUUGGCAGAGGCCGCGGUGGCAGCUUCUCAGGAGAUGCAACAGGGAGCCACAGUCACCAUGGCGCUCAACAGUGAAGCCGCCGCCCAUGCUGUCGCCACACUGGCCGAGGCCACCUUGCAAGGCGGGGGACAGAUUGUCCUGUCUGGGGAAACCGCAGCAGCUGUCGGAGCACUUACUGGAGUCCAAGAUGCUAAUGGACUGGUCCAGAUCCCCGUGAGCAUGUACCAGACUGUGGUAACCAGCCUCGCCCAGGGCAAUGGGCCGGUGCAGGUGGCCAUGGCCCCUGUUACCACCCGGAUAUCGGACAGCACAGUCACCAUGGACGGCCAGGCUGUGGAGGUGGUGACGUUGGAACAGUGACAUGCAGCCGUACCAUGGCAUCGUUUUCUAGUCUACUUCAAAAUUUUUUACACGUUUGCAGAGGUGCAAUCAAAUGGAAUUAAGUCUCUCGACUUCGGAAGAAAAGUUUUGUUAACCUUUUUUUUAAAAAGGAAGAAAGGCAGUGGGUUUUGGAAUUGCAUUUUUUAAAGCACCACUCUUGAUUUCUGGGAUUGGUGGAAUAAGAUACUGUGUUGUCAAUUUCACCAUCCCGAAAAAGCCAAAUUGUGGCAGGACUUCUUUCUGCAGAAACAUGUGUGUAUACUUACGUGUGUGUAUGUGUGAGUGUGAAUAUA